GGGAGGUAGAGCUGUAUUUUUGGAUGAGGGACUCCUGAAUUAAGCGAGCUGGAAUAAAGAUGUAGUGUGAGUGGGAAGCAGAACAAGUAGUGUGCUGUGCUGCAGAGUGUGGUGGAGUGGAGUGGGGCAGACCGGGAGCCGGGUGGACUAACGGACAUACAGGCGGCCUGACGGAGCUGAAGGUGUGACUCCAGAGGGGGAGACAGAGCCUGAGUGGUCCACUGAAUCAGGAAGAUGCCCUCUCGCUGUAGGACUGCGCUGCAUAUCGUGACGACCACCCUCUUCGCCGCUGUGGUCCUGUUCGGGAUCCUGAUGGCCUACGUGACUGGCUACCAGUUCAUCCACACAGAGCAGCACCAUCUGUCUUUCGGCCUGUACGGAGCCACCCUGUCUCUGCACCUCUUCCUCCAGAGCCUGUUUGCCUUCCUGGAGCACAGACACAUGCGCAGCUCCGCCCGGCCCCAGCACCUGCGGCGCUCCGUGGCCCUGUGCAUCGCUGCCUACCAGGAGGACCCAGACUACCUGAGGAAGUGCCUCCGCAGCGUGCGCCGCAUCUCUUUCCCCGGCCUGAAGGUGGUGCUGGUGGUGGACGGGAACAGGCCGGAGGACGGCUACAUGAUGGACAUCUUCCAGGAGGUGAUGGGUGGAGAGGACCAGGCCGGCAGCGUGGUGUGGAAGGGGAACUACCACAGUGACGGGGGCGGGGGUGGAGGGGUGGGCGGAGGGGGGGCCCAGAUCAGCUCCCUGCAUGCGGAGGAGACUGCACAUGUGGCCAGGCUGGUGAGGAACUGCCGCUACUCCUGUAUCAUGCAGGAGUGGGGAGGGAAGAGAGAGGUGAUGUACACAGCUUUCAAAGCCCUGGGAGACUCUGUGGACUAUAUGCAGGUGUGUGACUCAGACACAGUUCUGGACCCAGCGUGCACCAUAGAGAUGCUGAAGAUUCUAGAAGAGGAUGCAAAGGUGGGGGGAGUAGGUGGAGAUGUUCAGAUCCUGAAUAAGUAUGACUCGUGGAUCUCCUUCCUGAGCAGUGUGCGUUACUGGAUGGCCUUCAACGUGGAGCGGGCCUGCCAGUCCUACUUUGGCUGUGUGCAGUGUAUCAGUGGUCCCCUGGGCAUGUACCGCAACUCUCUCCUGCAGCAGUUCCUGGAGCCCUGGUAUGACCAGACCUUCUUGGGCAGCAAGUGCAGCUUCGGUGACGACCGCCACCUCACCAACCGCGUGCUCAGCUUCGGCUACAAGACCAAGUUCACCGCUCGCGCCCAGUGCCAGACUGAAACACCAACGCGCUACCUCCGCUGGCUCAACCAACAGACCCGCUGGAGCAAGUCCUACUUCAGGGAGUGGCUGUACAACGCCCUCUGGUUCCACAAGCACAGCCUCUGGAUGACCUAUGAGUCUGUGGUGACAGGCUUCUUUCCCUUCUUCCUGGUUGCCACAGUGAUCCACCUGUUCUACCGUGGGCGCCUGUGGAACAUCCUUCUCUUCCUGUUGACAGUGCAGCUGGUUGGCAUGGUGAAGGCUACCUACGCCUGCUUUCUGAGGGGCAGUCUGGUCAUGAUCUUCAUGUCUCUCUACUCCCUCCUCUACAUGUCCAGCCUGCUGCCAGCCAAAAUCUUUGCCCUGCUCACUAUCAACAAGGCUGGCUGGGGCACGUCAGGGCGGAGGAAGAUUGUGGUGAACUUAAUUGGUGCAGUGCCUGUCACGGUGUGGGGUGCUGUGCUGCUGGGUGGGGUGGCAUACACCAUCUACUGUGAGACCCAGGAGCCCUUCAGUGAGACAGAGAAAGCCCUGCUCAUUGCUGGGGCCAUCCUGUAUGCCUGCUACUGGAUUAUCCUGCUGGUUCUUUACCUGGCUAUAGUGGCCAAACGCUGCAACAAGAGGGAGGAGCAAUACCACCUGCCGUAUGCAGAGGCAUAAGACAUGGAUCAAUUGUCAGUGCUUCAAUGGUGCUGCUAGAACAGCUGAGCCAGUCUUUGGCCCCACCACUCUCAUGCCAUUCUGUCUCCAUGGUGCUAAACCUCUGGUUCUAAGGGACAUAUGUGGUAUGAAUGUGUUGUAGAGUGCUCUACCAGUGGUCAUGAGUUACAAGGGCAUGGUGCUUUCCAUAGAUAUAAAGCACAUUAUCAUACAACCUGUUUACAGAGACUGUAAGAGCUAUGACACAGGCCUGGAGGUUUGGUCUUAUCUAAACAAGCGUAUGUGUCAGUAAGAACAGUAUGAAGCAGUGUUGAUAUGUCUCCAACAUGACUGGAAUGACAACAUAGAGACAGUAAGACACAUGUACUGAGGGCCCUCUCUGCCUCAAUCAGGUGACACAAUGAUCUACAGUUGUAUUUCUGUAAUACAGUAAUUGAUAGACAAUCUAACAUUUAUACAUAACUCAUAAAUACAUUGUUGGUGCUGUUGAACAGUGCCCAAGAUAAAAGUUUAGCUCAUAUGGUAAUAGUCCAAUCUUCAAUGACAUGCAAGGAUAUUUACACCCGAUUGAAUGAGUCAGUGAAUUUUGUGUGGACAUUUUAUUGUAUGGGUGCCACAUUGUAUACACAUUACAUACAGUAUCAAUGCUCAAUACAGGAUAUAAUUUUCCAACUGAGGAUAAUCCAUCAUUCAUUCCAUGAUGUAAACUGCUUUGACCAAAGAACACUUGUUUUUUGACACAUGCCGUACCAUUAGUAUAAUACAAGUAUUAACUCCACAUUAGUUGUUACAUUUUAUCAAGGCCAUUGGUAUUAGUGUAGGUGCCAUGUCUAAGUUGACAUGAUUUUUGUUGUUGUUGGAGAAUGGCGAUACUGUCGUGGAAGUUUCCACUCUUGUGCUAUUUAAGUUGUGUUAAUAUUAUUUUAUUCAAUGAGAAUUGCACAACUUGAAAGUGCAAGACACAAGAAACACUUGUUUACGGGCUUGCUCAGCCUCUCUCUACCAAUGGUGCAGUAGGUCAAUUUGACAGUACAGUACAUUUCCAUGAGAAUAUCAAAGGAGAUCAGAGGUGAUAUGACUUUCUCUCCCUUUUCACAGUCUGAAUAGAUAUUAAAGUACAAACUUGGUAGGCGGCCAUCCAUAUGCAUUUGCAGUGUUUCCUUGGCUGUAAAUCAGUUAGCUGUUGUUGGGGCUCAAAACUGCAACCUAAACAUGGAAUAAUAUCCCCUGACACAAGACACAAGAUUGUUUGCAAUUCAUUCAAGUAUUGGUGGCCAUGAAUUGUGAACACACUAUUAUUAUAAAUUUUUUCCCAUACUGAAAUACUGGGGUUAAACAGAUAAAGAGCCUCCACAGAAAAUACUAUACUUUGAAGUUAUUUCCUGAAUGCAAGUAUCCUGGCUAUUUAAGCGGUCAUAAAUGGGUUUGGUUUUAGGCAGUGUAUUUAAAAACGUGUUGGAGUCACAAGGCCAUUGAGAGAGGCCAGGCCAGAGAGUGUGAGUGGGGGUGUCCAUGCGCAGAGGGGGAAGUGAUUUACUGUGUGGCUGGAUGAAUUGGCCCCUUCAGCCAUCAUGGAGCAAAAAAUGUUUUUUUUUUUUUUUUACUUCUGUGGUUAUACCUCUAUGUGCAUGCCAAGAUGGGACCUUCCUUUCCCCUAAACACACACCCAUACAGCCCCUUUGGCCCUCUUUCAGAAAUCAGGACAGAAUGCUGGAAUACUGAACUUAGUGUUAAGAAUUGUGUAAAGACAGCAAACUGAUUUUAAUCAUCUGACUUGUCUUCAAAUGUAUAUGUGGCCUACCUUUCCCUCUACUUUCAAGGGUGUAUGUAAGGUGACUGUGUAAUAAGAAUCACAGUGGUAUAGAUGUUGGGAUUACGUGAAGAAAUUAGAGGCGUAAGGAAAAUACAGAGAUGACUGUGAUUGUUGUCUGAAAUUGAGUUGUAUGGUGUGUAGAUAUCAUAUACAAUAUUUGUUAUAGUAGCCUAUCUAUCAGGCUGAACAUCUGCUCUCAGUCUAAAAUAUUGUCUUUACUGCCAUUUUUGAUUUCCUUGAUACUUCCUGCCUCUGAGGUACACUCAGGCCCUUGAUCUGUGACAGUUUCAGACCACUCGUUUGACAAUAAAUCAAUGGGUCUCAUAACACUGAGUGACGGUAGAUGUCCACCUAUAUUUUGUAGGCAUAUCUUACAUGGAAAAACACAUUCUUAUAAUAGAACUGGUUUGAAUAUAAUUCUAACGUGACUGAACAUCUACACCAGACUUUUUUAAGCAUUCUCUCAAUGCCUGACUAUUGAGCCUGACCAACAAGCCAUGGCAGCCAAGCUCAUACAUCAUUCAAUGUUUACAAAAGGCAAUGUUUCAAAGUAUAUUGCAAAGUAAUAUAUUUUGUGUAUUGGACAUAUUCAAAUAUAUUUUGAAGAUGUGCAAGAAUGAUGGGGUGAAGAAUAGGCCUAUAUUUAAAAAGGAACUAUGGGGUUUUGACAUUUCAUGAAACAGCUGUUUACAUUAUGUUUAUAAUAUGAUGUAGCUAGCACAUCAUGGUCAGUUAAUUCAGUGUAGUUUGGUCUCUGGAGCUCAACAUUGCUACACUGGUAUUUUUUGUAGUUUCAUGGAUGAGAGAUAAUACUUAUAUUACAUUACCAUUUAGGGAUGAUACUUCAUGUAGAUUUAGAACAGGUAGGUAUAACUGUCAUGUAAAAGUAAUUAACCAACAGAUUACAUUUCUAAUACAGUAAUAUGGUACAAAAAAACUAUCAGAAUCAUGCAACAGCAUUUGGCUAUUGAUACACAUAACACAUUUAGUUUUAUUGGUAUAAAUAGUUGAAAAUGAAGUAUUUUAACCACCCAUGUAUUUCAUUAUGAACAUAUUUAAAUACAGUAUAAAAGACAGCACGUUUUUGGAAAAAGGUUUUGUAUUUCAAUUUCAAUCAGAAAAACAUUUAUUUUUUACACUUGUA